AUGUCCGGUGUUCCCCCAGCCCUGCUCCCUGCUUUUCAUCGCUCCUUUGAGGUGGAUCUGGACGACUGUGUCAUCAGGCAAACCAACACCCAGUUCCCCUACGGCUACGAGUACCUGGGGAACUCCGGACGCUUGGUCAUCACGCCGCUCACCGACAGGUGCUACAUCACUCUGACCACAGCCCUCCACCUCCACCGGGGAGGGUCUCCCAAAGGCCCUGCCGGCACAGGGAAAACGGAGACUGUGAAAGACCUGGGCAAAGCCCUGGGCAUGUAUGUGAUUGUAGUGAAUUGCUCUGAAGGCCUGGACUAUAAAUCCAUGGGGCGCAUGUACUCGGGCCUGGCUCAGACAGGAGCCUGGGGCUGCUUUGACGAGUUCAACCGCAUCAACAUUGAGGUGCUGUCUGUGGUGGCCCAGCAGAUCCUCUCCAUUCUCUCUGCCUUGGCCGCCAGCAUGACCUCCUUCAUCUUUGAGGGCCAUAAGAUCAAGCUGGUGUGGUCCUGUGGCAUCUUCAUCACUAUGAACCCAGGUAGGAGACAUGGGCGUGCCCACGGAAAGGUCUCUCUCGCUGGCGGAGUCACUGGCUUGGGUGUGGCAGGCCCCUUCCCCAUUCAGAGUUCAGAUGGGCACCACACGGCCACUAGGGAACAACACAAGACCAGCCCGUCCCUAUGCAGGGGCCUCGGCUCAGAGUCCCAGGCCUGGGGUCGGGGUAAAGGGAGCGGGGCGGAGAUGGCAGGUGGCCAGGGCUAACGUGCUGCUGGGUGCCAUGA